AUGUUUUCUCAGAAGCUCGCUCAACAGUCAAUGCGACGGCUUGCCGUCCAGCAGCCGCUCGCCAUUCAGUCCAUGGUGCGCGCUGCCCCGGCUGCCGCUACUCUCGGAUUGCAGAAGAGACCCAUGACCUCCACUUCCGCCGAGGAGACUUCUCUUCUGGCCAAGCAGCGCAUGAACCGCCCUGUCUCACCGCACUUGGCUAUCUACCGCCCUCAGAUCGGUUGGAUCGCUUCGGGUCUUAAUCGUAUCACCGGUGUCGCUCUCUCCGGAUCUCUCUACCUCUGGGCUACCGCAUAUCUCGCCUCUCCCGCUCUCGGUUGGCACUUGGAAUCCGCCUCUAUGGUUGCUGCCAUGGGCGCUCUUCCCUUUGCCGCCAAGGUCUUGCUGAAGGCUACCAUGGCCCUUCCCUUCACCUUCCACUCAUUCAACGGUCUCCGCCACUUGAUGUGGGAUCUGGGUCGUGGCCUGUCCAACAACGUCAUCAUCAAGUCUGGCUGGACUGUUGUCGGCGUGAGCGUUGCCAGUGCUUUGGCUCUUGCUUUCGUCUAA